AUGCCGUCAGUUCAGACUCUUUCACUUGCAGCUCUUGUCUGCGUUGCUGCGGCUCAGGAUGCAUCUUCUUCUUCUUCCUCUACUACUUCAGCACCGGCUUCAAUGGCGACUGGGGUUGUGAUGCUGCCAGCUGACGUCGAGAACUGUCACGCACAUGGUACCGAAUACUUCUGCUUCGCUGGGGAGCAAGAAUGGGAGAUUACAAGCGAGAAUGCUGCCGACUACAACGAGCAGGAUUUGACAAGCUGUACGGCUGGGACUGCAGAGGACGAGAUCUCGUGCGAGGCACCAAAUGGCUCCGACGUUACGCUUGUCCGCGAAGUCACUGGAGAAGAUCACGACGAAGACCACGCUGAGAGUACCCACGAUCAGAGUUCCGCAGUUGCCGUUCCGACCGAGCUGAAGAACUGCCAUGCUCACGAAGAUGGUAUCUACUGCUUCGCUGGCGAGGACGAAUGGGAGAUCACCAGCGAGAAUGCCGCCGAAUUCGAUGGCCAGAAUCUAUCUGACUGCGAGCCUGACGCCACAGGAAACUCGACAAUUUYUUGUAAUGCGGUUGACGGUACUGAAGUCACUCUCGCUGCUCAUGACCACAGUGAAGAGGAACACGGCAACGAUGCUGCAGCUGGAAGCAACAGUACGACUGAGACCCAGAACUCCACGACCAUGGAAGAGGAGAGUGGAGGUGAAGAGGGAGCCGGCAGUACUCUGCUGGCUUCGGUUGGAUUUUCCAUGGUCGGGCUUGUUCUUACUAUCUUCUUGUUGUAG